AUGGAGAAGAAGAUCACAGAGAAGAUCGCGGCCUUGCCGCCAGAUGCCAACUACUUCUCUCUCGAGUUCUUCCCUCCCAGGACUCGCAUGGGCUUUGCGAAUUUGUCCGCCCGUCUGGAGCGCAUGGCUCAGGCGCUGCGGCCGCUCUUCGUGUCCGUCACCUGGGGCGCUGGCGGAAGCACGGCUGCCCGAUCUCUCGAGCUGGCCGAGGUCUGCCAGCGCCAGCUACAACUCACCACGGUCCUACACUUGACAUGUACGAACAUGAGCCGGGCGUUGGUGGACAUGGCGCUGGAAGAAGCGAAAGUGACCCCCCCUCGCAGCGAGGAGUACAACAUGCACGGCGAAGACGAUAGCAACAAGGACUUUACCUUCGCGGUGGAUCUGGUGCGGUACAUUCGCAAGCAGCACGGGAAUUACUUUUGCAUUGGCGUGGCUGCAUACCCGGAGGGCCAUCCGGCCGACUCGUUCCAAGACGUGCAGGAUCCCGUCCGGGACCUGCCGUAUCUCGUUGAGAAAACCCAGGCCGGCGCGGAUUUUAUCAUGACGCAGCUUACCUACGACUUGGACGCCUAUCAGAAAUUUGAGGAUAUGCUUCGCACUCAUGAAUCUGGCGUCUUCAAGACCAUCCCCAUCAUCCCGGGUUUGAUGCCCAUCCACAGCUACAAGAUCCUGACUCGAGUGACGAAGCUCAGCCAUGUCAAGAUCCCGGAACCUAUUGCCAAGCGCAUGGAGGAUUUAAAACAUGAUGACGACGCCGUCAAGCGUGCAGGCGUGGAUGUGAUUAGCAACAUCGUUGGCGGGAUCAAAGCGCUUCAAUGCCCCGGCCCGCGAGGAUUCCAUUUCUACACCCUGAACCUGGAGAAGACUGUUUCGUUCAUUCUUGAACGCUGUGACCUGAUCCCGCAGUACUCGGAUAGCCAGGAUACCGCGGUUGACGAAGUCGAUGACUCAGUGCCUCUCGAUGCGGCCGUGCGUUCGCGGGCGAGACGCCGAGCGUCGUCUAUCAACUCGCAGCCUCACAACCGAGUCAUUGUGGACAAGCUUUCUGGCAAGGGAUCAUCCCAGGACUCAGUGCACGAGGCGCGCGCAGACAGCGCUGGACUGCCGGCCAUGCCUCCCAACCGCAGCACCACUCUCCUAAUCUCCGAGGGCCUGGGCGCGCUUGGACGAGAAGCCACAUGGGACGACUUCCCCAACGGACGAUGGGGUGAUGCGCGCUCGCCUGCAUUCGGUGAAAUCGACGGCUACGGGCCUUCGCUGCAUGUCACUUCUGCCGUCGCUCGGCGCCUAUGGGGCCAUCCCGUUGAACCCUCCGACAUGAACACACUCUUCCGGCGCCACGUCUCUGGCGAGCUACACAUGGUCCCCUGGUCGGAAGGCGGCGCGGAAGAAGAGUCCGGCGGCCUGAAUCCAGAGACUGAGCUGAUCCGCCCCGAGCUCCUGAAACUCAUCGACGGCCGCGGCUGGUGGACGCUCGCCUCGCAGCCCGCCGUCAACGGCGUACGCAGCGAUCACCCAAUCUUCGGCUGGGGUCCCCAGCGCGAAGGAUUUGUAUUCCAGAAACCAUUCGUGGAGUUCUUCUGCUCGACGAAGGACUACACAUCCAUCCUCAAACCAUUAUUCGCAAAACACACCCACGACAAACUAACGUGGUUCGCCACGAACGCAACGGGCAUUCUUGAAUCCUCCUUCCCGACCAAGUCCUCAGGCGUCGAUCUUGACGAUCUGGGCUCGAAUCCAGAGAGCGUGAACGCCGUCACAUGGGGUGUGUUCCGCGGCAAGGAGAUCGCUACCCCGACUAUCAUUGAAGAAGUCAGCUUCCGCGCCUGGGGCGAGGAGGCCUUCCGAAUCUGGGACGAGUGGCGCCGGGUCUACCCGCGUGGAUCACCGACGGAGCGCUUUAUCGACCAGACGAAGAACGAUGUCUGGUUGGUUUGCGUUGUCGGGCAGCAGUUUGGGGCGGGGACCGAGCCGGGCUCGAAAGAGGAAGAUGAUGAGGUUAAGUGGAUGUGGAGGGUUUUGGCGGGUGAGGCUGAGGCUGAUGCAUAG